GCACUUCGGCCGUGGGAUGCAGCCCCUCAUCUCCAGCACAUGGACAGCGGAGCGUGGAGCUGCCGCAGCGCGCCACUGCUCCACGCGGUGAAGACAGCACGUCUCCAACAGCGAAAAGAAGAGGCGACGCACGCGCGUUUCACUUUUGGACUGAGAAUUGAAACGGACAUACUUCUACCCAGCACCCUUUCUCUCAUUUCCACACCGCAAGAGAGCAGAGCCAGCUGGGUUCAAUGCGCCACCAUGCUCAUCAUCUCGUCCCGCAGUGCGCUGCUGUCCGUCUACUACCCGCAGAUCUUCCUCAUCCUCACCAGCGGUAGCUACCUCACGCUGUCCUCCGUGGUAGCUCUAGGUGCCAACAUCAUCUGCAAUAAGAUACCGGGACUGGCCCCGCGCCAGAGGGCCCUCUGUCAGAGCCGCCCCGACGCCAUCAUCAUCAUCGGCGAAGGGGCUCAGCUGGGCAUCGACGAGUGUCAGUACCAGUUCCGCUACGGCCGGUGGAACUGCUCGGCCCUGGGGCAGAGGACCGUCUUCGGACAAGAGCUGAGAGUAGGCAGCAGGGAGGCGGCGUUCACCUACGCCAUCACCGCCGCCGGAGUGGCCCACGCGGUGACCACAGCUUGCAGCCAAGGCAACCUCAGCCAGUGCGGCUGCGACCGCGAGAAGCAGGGCUACCACGACCAGGAGGAGGGCUGGAAGUGGGGCGGCUGCUCGGCCGACGUCAAGUACGGCGUGGAGUUCUCGCGCCGCUUCGUGGACGCCCGCGAGAUGAAGAAAAACUCCCGGCGGCUGAUGAACCUGCACAACAACCAGGCGGGGCGAAAGAUCCUGGAGGAGGGGAUGAAGCUGGAGUGCAAGUGUCACGGCGUGUCCGGAUCCUGCACCACCAAGACCUGCUGGGUCACCCUGCCCAAGUUCAGAGAGAUCGGCCACCUGCUGAUGGAACGCUACAGCGGAGCCGUCCAGGUGGAGCCCGUGCGCGCCUCGCGCCUCCGCCAGCCCUCCUUCCUACGAGUCAAGGAGGCCCGGGGCUACCAGAAGCCCGCGGACCGGGACCUGGUGUACCUGGAGCGCUCGCCCAACUACUGCGAGGAGGACGCGGCCACGGGGAGCACGGGGACGCGGGGCAGGCGGUGCAACGGCACCUCCACCCACACGGACGGGUGCAGCCUGAUGUGCUGUGGGCGCGGCCACGACACGCACCACUACACGCGCGUCUGGCAGUGCCACUGCAAGUUCCACUGGUGCUGUUUCGUCAAGUGCAGCACCUGCAGCGAGAGGUCAGAGGUCCUCACCUGCAAGUAGGGGAUGGGGGGGGGAGGCUGGUGAAAAUGGACAACGGUUGAAGAUAAGAGGGUUCGGGGUAUUUAUUCAACAAUUUGCACAUUUUUACAUCCCUUUUUUUUGGAUUUCUUUUAAAAAAAAAAAAAAAAAAAAAAAAAAAAGACAGACUUGACGAUGAGAGAGUAUCAACAAAAACCAAAACUGUGAGAUGAUGCAAACAGGUUGCGUUGAGAGGAUUUUCUCUUUUUGCAUCCAAGCAAAAAUCUCUGGAAGACAACGUCUCACAAAGAUGAGGGAGAAAAAAAAACAAAGACUAUUAAUGGAUCUUGAGAAGACGUUUUACCCCAAUUGGAAAAG